AUGCGUAUUGGUCUGUAUGCAUCAAACGGCGAAUGUGAUCUAUUGACUAGGGGUAGCAUUUUUGAUCACAAGGGCAAUCUUAGGAAUUGGUGGACAAAGACAACAAAAGAAAAAUUCCUGGAAAAAGCCGAUUGUUUUUCAAAACAGUACGGAGAAAGUGAUUCUUGGCUGCCUUUUGCUAUUGAUGGUAAUGUAACUUUAGGAGAAAAUAUUGCUGAUAAUGGUGGACUUCGCAAUGCUUUUAAGGCAUUCAAACUUCACUUGGCACUUGCCGAUGAACAUUUAACCAACAGAAAAAUAUUAUCUGGUUUAUCUGCGAGUCCAGAGCAGUUGUUUUUCAUUGGAUAUGCUUCGAUCUGGUGUGCCAAUAUGACAGAAGAAUUUGAAAGCCGUUUUGGUACAAGCGAUCCUCAUAAUCAUCCAAAACUACGGGUCAACGUUCCUCUUGCUAAUUCUAAGGAGUUUGCCAGAGCAUUUAAAUGUAAAUCUGGAACACCAAUGAAUCCAAGGCGUAAGUGUGUGCUAUGGUGAUAAACAUUAUAUGUUUGGAACUAACGGUGCCAAGACAAAGAAUGGAUAUUUUUUAUAAACAUACCAAGAACAAGACGGAUCCAUAUUAUGCUUAAUUUAAUUUCUUUCAUGGUGAUAAGAAGAUUUGAACAUUAAAAUUGUAUUGC